AUGCUGAGCGCUCUGAAGACUCAUACACAAUCUCCCCUUCGCCGGAUGAGCGAAGAACUUCUGUCUCGCAUGAAACGUUCAAGCUCGUAUCCUCCUUCAACAGCCUUCAAUAAUGCAAUUGCAGCUAAUGAAACUUCGGCAGCAAUACCCCGUGGCAGAACUCGUUCGUUCAAGUUGCUACUGAAGUUUAAGGAUGGUAUGAUUGAACGAUUGUCUGUUCUAAAAAUUACACCUUUUGCUGCGAAAGAAGGCGUUGUUCCCAAAUCAGUGGUCGUGCAGGAUCAGAGCACGCCUCCUGAUGUGAAAGAAGGAGUUGUUCCAGCUGUGGCCUCGCAGGUUCAAAACACCCGGUCUCAUAUGAAUAACGGUGCUGAAGCCCAAUCGGCGGCCGUGGCACUUCAAGUUGCCCGUGAAGACACACAUAACCUCAAGACACUUGGCGGACAUGAGACAAAAGUGCUGUCCACAGUCAGAGAUGGACCAGCGUAUCUCAAUGCUGCAGGCGAUUUCCAGAACACAUAUCUCAAACCCCUCAGGAUAUUCGACUCUGUUAUUGAGAAAAUCGCGGAUAUACAUCCAUAUGCGAAGAUGGCUUUGGGCGCGUUGUCUUGCGCAUCAAAAUCAUUAUCGGUGCAGAUUGUUCUUGCUCAAGUAGAUCGUGAUGAAGCAGUACUUCGCCUUGUCGACAAAGUGGCUGAAGUCUACGAUUUCAUGCUUAAGGAAGAGACACUUGGCCAAAUUUCGUCGAUGCAUGAUAUCAGACUACUCGAGGACCAAGGACUUUCGUGA